UGCGCAUGUCCGCAGUAGUUGUUGUCAGCGGUGGUUAUGGAGAUGAAAUGGGGCUACGAGCUGUCAACACUGCGGUGAUGUUUGUGUGUCUUUGCUGGCAUGCUGGCUACCAUGAUUGCUGAAGAAGCGCUAAAUUACUGUGAAUGGAAUGAACUAAGAUUGCACUGCAGUAACUUAUGGUGUCCAUCAGAGGGAUGCCCAGGAAGAUAGGAUUUACUGUGGUCAACUCUUCCAGUCAUGAGGACAACUUUAGUGCUAAGGAGCUCAUGGUGCAUGCACCUACAGUCAAUGGCUGGAGAUCCAGCAGGCUGUGCUCCUACCCUCAGCACAUCACGCUCCAGCUGGUGGAAAGAAGUAGGAUAAGGAAGCUGCAGCUGCUGGCUCACCAGUACAUGAUCCCAUCCAAGGUUGAGUUCCAUAUUAGUGACACUCUCCCUGAAACCAGCUCUCCAGGGUUCCUAGGGCAGCUUCGCAGACUUGGGUAUGUGUUUUUGUCAGACAACGAGAAGACAGGUUUCAAAGCUCGGGAGCUGAAGUCAGUCCAUGUAGAUGCCAUUGGAACAUAUCUGAGGAUAAGCUUCCACAGGAACUACAUCAACCGUUACAAUUCCUAUAAUCAGGUUGGUUUGGUUGCCAUUAAUGUUCUGGGAGAUGCUUUGGAUGGCAAUGCUUUUAACACAAUACCAAGCAGAGAGCAGCUGAUCGAACACUACCUCAACAGUACCCAGCUGGAGGCUGCCUUGGAUUCGACCUUCAUGGGCAAAUGUGAGUCUGUCUCCCCUUUGGAUGAUCUGGCCUUUGAUAUGUAUCAGGACCCCGAAGUUGCCCACAUCAUUCGUGUCCUGGAUCAAAAGAAGCAAGACAUGGUCCGGCAAGAGAAAUAUGAGGAAGCUAAGAAUUUGAAGCAGGCCAUUGCUGACCUGCAGAAGGCGGGAGAGCGUUUGGCUAGAUAUGAUGUGGAGAAGCGAUGUGCGAUCGAAAAGGAAGACUAUGACCUGGCCAGACAGAAGAAGGAGCUGAUGGAGGAGUACAGGAAAAGUGUGUACCAGCAGCUGGAAGUACACAACCUGCUGGAUAUGACAAUGAUCACGAAGGCACUAGAAUCAACCCUGGAUCAGUAUCCUCCUGAUCUGUCUUCUCCGGGUCAUUUUUCAGUCCCUACUAACCCUCUUGUAGCCACAGACACAUUCAGGAAGGGGAAAAAACCAAACAUUCAUCAAACUCAACAAUCAGCUGAAGAAACCAUCAUGUGCAAGCUGAGCAGCCAACCUGACACACCUUGCACCCCUGCUGCUGUACCCAAGAUCGAUGUUAACAGUGUGCCUCAUGACGAGAGGCCGCUGCCAGCCCUUCAGAGGAAAGAUCAGCCACUGGAGGCCACCCAGAGCCCUGCAGAGGAGAACUCCCCUAAAUCAGAAGUGCAAAGGACUCCACAGAGCUCUGAAAUGAGUGGCGAGCUGGAACCCCUGACAGAGAAGGUCCAGAGAGAGGCUGGUCUUCCAAUAGAGGUCUUUGGAGAAAGCUUGGUGACUGAGGCAUAUGCGAAAGCCUGGAGGUACAGAAAGGGUGCUCUGCUGUCCGUGUGCGAGAAGCUUUUGGAGGUUUCUCCCACAACCCCCAAGGAAGAGCUGAGGAACAUGAUAAGAGCUGCUGUUUUCCUCGUCAAGAAGGCCCUCUCGGAUAAAGUCACAUCUGUUCUCCAUGCCUCGCUGAAGCUGCUGCUGCUAAUGCUAAGCCAGCUGAUACCAGGUCUGGGGCUGGGCCAGGCUGAAGUGGCCCACUGCUUGGAGCAGACCUUACCUAACCUGCUGGCCCGAACUGGAGACUCUACUACCCGCCUUCGGGCCACAGUCUCUGCCUUCAUACAGGACAUUGCUGUUUUGAAGGAUGUCAGGGCCCUGCAGAUGAUCCCUGGCGAGCUGGUGAAGCCCUUCAGAUCCAACUUCCCAUCGCUCCUGGCUCAGAGUCGGGCUGAGCUGCUAGAGAAACUGCUCACUGAGCUUGGUACAGAGAACUCUGGCUUCACCCUGGAAAAUGUUAUGACGUUCUGUACAGCAGCAUUGGAGCACAGCAAAUCAACAGUUCGAGAGCUGGCAGUGCGCAUCAUCUUAUCCAUGUACCAAAAGCACAGAAGUGCCGUUCUAAGCUACCUCCCACCCAACGAGGCCGCCGCACGAAAGACCUUCCUCUACAAAACCCUCUUUGAUGGCUUUGCCAAGAUUGAUGGAAAGCUGGUAGAGACUCAGACUUUAAAGAAAGGCAAUGGUCAGCAGGAUGGACAAAAAGAGAAGGAGGAGAUCGACUCUCUGCAGGAGCAGCUGGCUGUCUUAAAAGAGAUCACAGAGAGAGGGGAUGAAAGCUCCAAAGGGCAAAUAGCCAAGAGAGAAGUUCACAAAGCUGAUAAAGAGUCCCAAAAAGCUGGCAAAGCGACUGUCACAAAAGGGCCCCAGAGCAAGAUAACAGACAGUGUAGAUGUCCAACAAUCAAUCAGCUGUCUGGACAACUUUUGUAUAUUCUGCGGUAAAAAAGACGAGUCCUUCACAGAAGAGGGAUUGGACCUUCACUACUGGAAGCACUGUCCGAUGCUGCGGCGCUGCGAUGAAUGUAGACAGGUAGUUGAAAUAGCCAGCCUUACAGAACACCUACUGGGUGACUGUGAAAACAGGUCCAAGUUCAGCCAGUGCACGCUCUGCUCAGAGGCUGUGGCCACCGAGGAUCUCACUCACCAUGUUCCGGGUCCUACCUGCAACCCCCCCAUUUCAGAUAAAGGCUCCAACCACUGUCCUUUAUGUCAUAGCAACUUCAUGCCCGGAGAAGAGGCCUGGAAGGCUCACCUCAUGGGCAGGGAAGGCUGUAAACAAAACUCGCGCAGAACUGCCGUGUCCCAGAGAACCCAGCCAGCACAAGGCAGAGCUAUCGGCGGGACCAAGCUGAAGCAGGCCUGGUCAUUUGGAGCCAGAGCCAGAGCCAGGCCCAUGGGCAGAGGCAGCCGGAUCCCAUCACUGGCUCCCUUGGCCAGAGGAAAUACACCAGGGAAGCGUUAAAGCUGGUUUGAAGCAACCCAGAGAAGUUCCUUCACACUUCAGCCAACAGUACCGGACGACCCCACCCACUCCCUUAUUUCCCCAUUUUGGCACUUGAGAUAGGUUACAGAUGUAUUAGCUGACAUAUGCAAUAUAUUUAAAGCCAAUAUUACUUUUUGAUCUAAGCCAUUAAUAUAUUUAAAAUCUUAUAUGUUCAUCAAAGAAGGAGCAGAACCUGUUCAGUUAUGUAAAAAAGAAAGAAGACUUACAACAUGGUGUUGUAUCCAUUAUUGAGACACUGGUUUAAAGUCUAAUCCCCUUAUAGAUGACAGAGUUCACACAGCGAACAGAAAACGGUUCACGUCACACCUCCAGCCCUUCACACACCUGUAGGUCUGUAAACAUGAGUGCAGCAUGUGCCGUUUACUGAUAUCGCCUUACAGGCUCUUGCUUUUCACAGCACUCACUGCAAUUUGGAGCAUCUCUAGAGGGGAAUUGUACAGCUUGAAUGGGCAGUCCCUCACUGUUGGGCCGUACGUCCCGCUGUGAGUUUGUGUGACUCACAAGAUAAUGGAUUUUAUUGUUAAAAUAAAGCAGCAGAGGUUGGGAUAUCCAGACUCGUAGUCUCAGGAUUAGGUGGUAUUUCAAGAAAAUGACUGUAUGGUUCCCAUAAUGCAACCAGUGAGGUUUUCUUAUUGGUCACUGACUUUUUUUUUUUUUACAAAAUCUACAUCCUCAAACUGCAGCGCAGGCUCGUGUUAUCUCUGAGCCCAAGCUGGUGACAUUGCCCCGAUAUCGUUAACAGUUUUCUCGCACCUCGAAAAGUGUAGCACGUAAGCAUUUUUUUUAUCCUAACCUUCAGAUUGUAGUUUGAAGAGGCCAAAACUCCAGCACCUCUUGGAACUUCACUGCUUGACCAACAUGGUUUGUGUAUGUGUGUAAUUGUUGCUGGAGUUUUGACCUUUUUAGAUUCUAUCCUCUGAUCCACGCAUAUGGAAAGUAGGCAGUCGUGCCAUAAAACACGAAUCUGCUUCUACACAUUGUAAAGACCGGCUUAAGUUUAUGUUACAAAGCACAACUGAAAUGAAUGGUUCUUUGUGUAGAAUCAGUUUACAUAGGAUUGAAUGGGUUGAAAAUCUUCCCAUAGGUAACUGAUGCAGUGUUAAUAAAUAUGUAACCAAUCACUGCAUCCUUUCAGAAAACAAUGACUCGCAUCUUCUUGCACACCUGGUAAUGAAAGGAGGAAUAAGGUCAAGGUUUAGUUACAAGCAGAAGACUUAGCUCGCUCUGAGGAAAGCUUUGUUGUCAGCGUCACAGUUAGCCAACUGUUCACGUGUUUCCUUUCCUUUCAUAAAUAUUCUGUAUAGAAAUAGCAUUUUGCCAAAGGUUGAUGUUUUACUGCUGAAUUUCUAGCACACUGCAGUGACACCCCCCCCCCCCCC